AUGCCGAGCGAGGGUAAAAACAUCUUCUUCCUGACUGUCGCCGGCAUUGGAGCCGCGGCAGCACUCUUUGGCACGACUCGCCGCUUCACCCCACGAGCAAAUCCGAAACAGUUUGAGAAGCAACACAAUGGCACUCCUACGGAACCAGAAGUCGACCCGAAAGACAUCACAGGCAAAUGA